UUAGAAUUGAAAUAAAAAAAAAGAAUAAAUGGAGCGAAUGGAUUUCGGGACAGAAUUCCGGAAUGUAAACUUCAGGGAAGUUGACGUAAAUAACCAACAAGGUCGUCCCCUCAAAAAUCGCAUUUUGUUGGCACUCGUCCGCAUUUUUAAAGAAUUAAUAAAAUGGAUCUCCAUUGUGAUGAACUGGCUAGAGAUUAUUCUUAAUGUCCCGCUUAACUAUUUGAAGGAGAAAAAGAUCAUUGUUCAUCGAGAUACUCUGGCGGAGUUUUCGCAGUCCCGUGGUUGGAAAACUGUGGUCUACAAGGGUAUGGAGUUCCAUCCCACUUGUCCAUACGAGGUGAUAGCCCUGCUGACCCAUGCUGAUAUUGUGAUGCUCCACGAUGAGCGAUGCCUCACACCUACAAAGUUCAGUGCCUUCGAGCAGAAGGAUGCUACUUGCAUGGCCUUUCGGCCUUGGUCGCAUGGCUAUGAACUGGCGGUGGGAUGUGCAGCCGGAGUUUGCCUCUGGACUAGUAAUGUAAGAUCUUCCCCGGUUUUGGAAAUCCGUGAAAAGCAAAUGCGCACUUGUAUGCAUCUACUGCAGGACGAAGGACAUGUCUAUGUGACGUCGCUGCAAUGGAACGAAGAUGGCACAACUCUUGUCAGUUCUUCUCUGGGAACAAAUCACAUUAUUAUGUGGGAGCCCGACAGCCGCCAGAAACUGCGUUUGAUUCCACAUCCUGGCAAUGGGUCAUCCUUCUUUCUUCUCAAGUACUCUCCGGACUUUAAGGCCCUGCUCUGUGGCCAGUGUGAUCUGGGCGCCAGCCUCUUUAUGAUGGAGCCAUCCAACUCGCGUCGGUUUGAGGUCCUAUCGAAGCACCGGAUUCAAACAGCCGUCUGGACCGGUUGCAGCAGCUAUAUCGUAUUUGCCGAAAAGGGCAGCUCCAUUCUAUACAGCUGCAAAGCGGAUGAGGAAAGUGAAGUUUUUCUGAUGCCAGAACCGAGUUGGAACGUGGAAAUGGUUGCCGAUCUUAAGGAGAUAACCACUUGUUAUGGUCAGGAGCGAGAAGGCGGGGAACCCCACACCUUAGUCAUGGAUCCUUUGGGCAUUUACCUAGCCAUCAUCUUCAAGGAGCAGCCUUUUGUGUUGCUCACUCUUUUGAUUUCCAAUCGAGGCUGUCGCUUAAAAGUGCAACCCCUGGAAUUUAUUUUUUGUGAGGCUCCAUAUCCUGAUUAUCCUGAUAACGAAACCUUUCCGGUAUGUAUGAGUUUUGCGAAAGCCCGAGUAGAUGAUCCGGAUUUACGUUGGUUGGUGAUUGUUUGGAGCUCAGAACGCGUUCAGCGGAAAAGUUUGGAAGCCAAAACUCUAAAAGAAGCCCUACAAAUUUACGGAGUUAAAAAAACUUAAAUAUCUGGAAAAACAAUGAAUGAGAAGGCGAAGUACAACUGCAUUUUAUCCUCCUGUUUCACUUUACGAUUGCUGCUAUUAAAUACUCAUCCCUUCAUAUGAAUAUUCAAUGACUCCGCUUAUGCAAAUCGGGGACGAGCUCAAGUGGCAGGCAACCAGUUUUCGAGUUCCACCUGCAGCACACUCCUCGUUGGGAUUUUCGCGAUAUUUGCAAAGUAUUUUCCCCUUAUCCGGCCAGUCAGCUUAAUGCCAAUAAAUUGUUACUGAAAAAUUGGUUCCCA